GCCACCCUAUCAAUACCACUUCCACCGCGCAGCCUCAACUCUCCUUCCCCCCACUCCAACCUCUCUAACAGUGCACCGUCUGCCCAUCCUAUUCCACCCCCCACAUGGCGGCUGCAAUCAUGACUGGCGCACCUCUCUUCGAUUCUACCGAAUGUGGACUAUCCGACAUCACCAUCUGCGUCACCGAUGGAGAGGAGGCGAAGACAUACCAUGCGCAUAAAGCCAUUCUCGCCAAUCGUUCCCAGUGGUUCUACAAGCGCAUUUCCGGCGAUGCUGGACUCUCCACUGUCAAAUUGAAAGAGAGUAAUCUUCUUCAUUUUGACUUGCUUAUGAAGUACUUCUACCACCAUCCCGGCCGUCAUCGCGCCAACAUCAAUCUCGAUUGGCUUGUGGAAACGAUUUCCGUCUACUGCAUGGCCGAAAAGUACGAGUCCGAGAGCGUUAAGGAGGAAACCAUAGCCCGCUUCGCUUCUGCAACAUCAAAAUUUCUUUUCGCAGACACAAAAGAUAAGGCUAAGAUUGUUGAGGCCUACUACUCGCGGCACUCUGGAUCUGACGCUGGGAUGGGCCGUGCCAUUGCCGGUUAGUUGAUCGAUUGCGAAACAGAAUACUCAAACAGGGUCUUCAUUCGGCUUUCGCAAUGUGGAAUAUUCCUCGCAAAGUAUAGCGCAUUUGCACAAGAUCUGGUCAUCGUGGCCCGGGAACGCGCAUCCAAGAUUUCCUGAACCUUACAUUCCCCAGAGGCGAUAUCACCUGGUGUCAAGGAAAUUACACGGAAUUGAACCGUCUUCCCAUCCAGCGAUCAAUUGCGAGAUCAUCUUCAGGAAAAGUUCACCUUUGAGGGGCACCAAGGUCAUACGGAUGGUCGAGUAAAGGGAAAUACACUACUGCUCCUCUACCCUCAAUGGAAGACUUUCACAGCCUGUCCGAGUCUCAGUUUUGUCUCCGCGUCCCGGAGAUCAG